AUGACUUCAGAGGCAGAUGGCGAGGCCUCGUGUCUCGAGCGACUUCACCGAGAAGCGAUCAUCUGUUUGGACACGUUUCCGAACAAAAUCAUCGAACUGAACGACUUGGUGAACCAAUACACGCCAGACCCGGUCAAGAACAGCAAAUACAAUGAGAACACCGCCAGACGGAAAAGCAAGUGUCAGUCGACGCUCUCCAGCCCGAGAAACUGGGAUUUAAACAGCGUCUCUGAUUACGUUUCGAGCUACUACUCGCUGUCGAUGGGCGAUCGCGGAAGGCCGCGCCACGGUGUUUGCAAGAGAAGAUACUAUAGAACUCGAGGACUGACCGGGCCGAGCACGCGCCGGCGACCCGGCCCGCUUGGCCAGCUUCUGGCGUUUCUGGUCAGCGGUCUCGCGACGUGUACGAAGAAAAUUGUGAUCGUCCCGUCCCGGUACAUUAUCGACAACAUAAUCGCUACUUUCUUUCAAAGACGCGAGCUGAGGCACGCGCAAUGCGGUCCUUCGCCGAAUUGGGACAGCUCUCUCUCGACUUACGUGACCACGGCCAAGAAGGACAACACGAUCAUUGGAAAUCUUAUCGAUAUCAUGCGACCCGCUGCGGUGAAACUGAUCGCCGACACCACCACCUUGAAACGCUGGCUUCAAGCAGUCGCUUUGAACAACGAGUCAUCGUCGUCGUCGUCUACCGAGCUAACGAACGCGACUCGCAGGAUCGAGACCAUCGACUGUUGGGCUUACGAGCUGUUCUUUCAUCUCAAGUACCUUCAAGUGAAUCGCGCGCCACGGACCACCGACAAAGCAAUUACCGAGGCGGAUGCAAAGCCGUCCGACGUGAUCCACGUCAACUUGUGGCAUCGAUUGGUCCAGCUACGCGACAAUUACAUCAUACUGUACGAGGCGCUGCAGGCGUUCGACAAAGUUCGCGACCUCGACUCGGAGAAGCGGUCGGAGCGACUCGACUGA